AUGCCAUUGCCGCAGGGGCCUGGUACGGUCGUCGGCGUCGACUUCUUCGGACCUCUGCCAGUGACGGCCAAGGGCAACUCCUACAUUUUGUUGUUCACAGACCGUUUCAGUCGGAGAGCCGACAUGUUCGCAGUUACAGCGGCGGAAUUUACGGCGAGAGGGACGGCUCACAUCUUCGUCAACCAAUACAUGACCAAGUGGGGAUGUCCGACUACGUUAUUGUCGGACAACGGACUGCAUUUCUGCUCGAAGCUCUCCAUGGCGAUCUACGAGGUGAUGAAGAUCAAGAAGGUCACCACCAGCUCCUACCACCCACCGACCAACGGCGGCACGGAACGCGUCAACCACACGAUGGCCCAGAUGCUUGCGGCGGUCGUCAACGAACAGCAAAACGAUUGGGACAUACAUCUCCCGCACGUUGAGUUUGCCUACAACAAUUCCGUGAACCAGUCUACUGGAUUAGCGCCAAACGAGAUCCACAUCGGACGCAUCCCGCGACUCCCGCUUUCGGUCUUCGAUCGUCCCACGGUAGGUGGUCAUCAAAGCUUGGCCCGCGAUCAACUCGAUUAUUGCAACCUGGCUGUCGAUCGCCAGCGCCGGGCCUACGAACUUGUCCGUGAGUACAACACCCUGAAGAUUUCGCGAGUCGAACGCCGAAAUUCAUCCCUGCUGGACGCCAUUCACAAGCUCCCUCAGUUUACCGUUGGCGGGUGGGCUUGGGUGUACAACACGGCUGCUAAAAUUCGACAGGGUGUGCAGAAGGACACGGACCAACAGGUGUUCAAGGCCAAAUUCGCACUUUCUUGGACGGGGCCCUACAAAGUUCUUGCGGUGGGUCCCACCUCUGCCGACGCCACUCCGGACGGCCGCCCGUUGGCGCAUAAACUCCUCUACCUGGACCUGCCUUCCGAUCUUUCCGGCCCGGCAGCUCGUUGUCGCGUGUCUGUCCUUCGUUGCAAGCCCUGUCGCAAUCCGGUCGAGACGGACGACUUGCCGCAAUCUCUGCCCGCCGAGCUUUCGCGUUAUGUUCUGCACUCCUUCGGAGAUAAAUGUCCACCUUUCCACGUCACCGCGGAUGAUGUGUCGGUGCCUGUCGGGCGCCUCGAGGUCGACUACAUCUCGGGACAUCAACUGGUGCGGGGCCGUAGCGGCGUUCUCGCUGUCCUGUACCAGACGCAUUGGGUAGGCCUGACUACUCCUUCAUGGGAACGGGAAUCCGACCUUGAUCUAUUCCGUCGACACAUCCUCUUGUACUGGUCCCGGGAGGCCUGCCAAAGCAAGCAGGGUCACCAUACAUAUCGAGUGGGUCGGACUCGCGCGGCACAGCAAGAGCUAGCCCGGAAUCGUGGAGAACGCUAUGUGCAUCCUGGGGAUGAUCUUGUGCUUAACGCGACUUGGCUUCAUCGUUUCAGCACUUCGCCCCUCCCUGUUGGCGCGCGGCUGUGGUACAAGGCCUGUGAUGGAUUGUGGUGGACCGGACGCAUUGGUGCUCAUCAGGGCGGCUCGUACAUCGUUCGAUUUUUGGAUGACCCGGGCCCAAGCGUUCUCCCUCUGCCUGCGCACCUCAACUCCACCGGCUUGGACGCCGUCUGUGGAUCAUGA